GCAACAUUACCUGGAAUCAAUCCGGCGAGGAAGAAUAAGACCCGGAAGUAGCCGGUUGAUCCAUGGUUGAUUUGUUUUGGUUUUUUUCGCGGCGGGAAAGCUCACAAGAACGAAGUAAACAAAUUACAUGGGCUGUCUUUUCUGUAAUUGACCCUCCUCCACGAGGUGAAACAUUUGAAAGCAUGGCGUCCACACAGCAGGAUGCGGCCAUAUCUGACAUCUCCCCAGUUCUGUUCAUGACGGUUGACGGUGAACCCAUGUCCUUCUUCCUGAGACCGGGUUCUGUUAAAUGCAAGCUCCAGCCGCUCAUUGCAGCUGGAGGAGGGAUACUGAGCAAUGUGCAGCGGCCAGGGGCCAUUCUGCUCAUUGACCCCAAAGAAAACGGCUCUAUUCCUGAAACUACUGCUCACUGUUACGUGUCCACCCAGUACAUUCACGACUGUAUUGAGAAGGAGGAACAGCUGCAUUUAGAGGACUACAGGUUAAACCCUGAAGUUGCCCCGAGACAGUCUCCUAUACUCAACAAGACCCCUCGUCGUCUCUCAGGAGAAAAAGUAGGCAGGAUUCCCUACACAUCUGAAGAUGAUGCAGCCAUUUCGAGUUAUAUCAACAAGUGCCAGAAAGAGGUUGGGGGGAACCGGCUUUGGCAAGAGAUGGAGAACCAGCUUGUGACCAAUCACACCUGGCAGUCAAUGAAAAGCCACUAUAAAGUGUACCUGGCAAAUAAAAAGCCAGAGGUUUUGGAGGUGAAAGCAGAGGAAGCCACAAAAUCAGUAGAGGGUGAUUUUAAGAUAGAUGCCCAGCCCAUACCAGCUGAAGACACACAACCAGAAUCUCCAAAAUCCAUCUCUCCCGAAAAAGAAGUCCAACUUGCGAAUCCACAAUCUGAUGAGCAACCAGCUGAAAGCACACUAGUAGAGACGGUAGAAGCUGAAACUUCUAACCCCUCCGAAGACGAGGGACCUUGGUUGGACCCACACACAGAUGCUCAGCCCAUCCAAGCUGAGAGCACGGAAACAAUCAUCUCUCCUGAGGAAGAAAUGGUGCCAGAGGACUCUCCUCCAGCUCAGCCCGAGUCCCUGCCAGGCACCCCUCUUCAGAAAAAGCCUAAAGAGAAACAGAAGGCCUCCCCAAAGCCCCAACAACCUCAGAGACGAUCAACAUGCUGGCAUCUUGAGCUGGAGGGGUCGCCUGAACCAUAUGCUGAAAAACUCAGAUCAGCAGCUCCUUCAAAACGAUAUGGAUCAUCCCCGCAGCUCUCGAAGAAAAGUGAAUCUCCCACUAAGUCUUCUCCUAAGAAAGACAACAUGGUGGAGCAGCCGCCUUCAAAGAAAGCCAGAUUAAGCAGUGUGCCAGAGGAACCGCAGGAGGAGAGCGCACAAGCUCCUGUUUCUGAAACAGCACCAACAGAUUCAGAGUCUAAUUCAGUGCCACAGGAAGUGGAGAAGAAAAAAGAAAAGAGAAAGUUGGGGAUUUUAGAGUUGGCUAUAAAGGAGUUUGAAGAUGAAAGUGAGUCAGAUGAGGAUGUAACUCCAGACCUCCAAAACCCAUCCGAAACACCAACGAUACAACCCCCCGCGACAGCUGAGGGGGUCCGCUCCUCCUCCAAAGCCCACCUGUUCAUAUUCAACAGUGAAACUCAGGAGGAGGAAGACUCUCAGUCUGUCAUCGGUCCCAGCAGAGAAGCUCCAUCCCGACCAGAGGCAGCGGUGAACAAAGAUGCUGCCUUUUCCCUGACUCAGGUCCAGCUGGAGGAGGACAAACAGCGAAUCAAAAAGCUGAUGAAGCAGACCGGCCAGGACUUGAUCAGUGUGACCAAAGCCCUGUUGAGGACCAGCGGGGACUUCUCUGCUGCUCUGGAGCACCUUUUGAACCCCUCCUCCGCAUUGGGACCCCUGUGGUGUCGCAGUGACGACGGUCUCUUGCUCUCAGGUGAUCCCGGGGUCCGACGGAAGCUGCAGGAGAAAUACAGCGAGGAGGGCGUGGCCAAAAGAGUCGCGUUCCUCGAGGUAGAGAGGUGAUAGUGCUGGAAGGAACUCUUGUGGUGGCAGAUAAAUACAAAAAUCAGUUUUAAAUAAGCAUUUUCCAAAAAGCACAAGUUAAGAUAAUAAAAUGAAUGUUGGAAUUAUUUCAUUUAGUAAGGCUCCUGGUAUUGUGCAUGCAUCAUUCACUAAAAAACUCUAACAGCAAAGAACCAUUGUGUUAUCAGUAACACCUGCAGAUAAGAUGUCUGUAAAGAGUUGCUGAACUGACUUUACUACAUUAAUGACUGCAGCCAAGUUCACACACUUCAGCAAAAUGAAAAGCACAGGUUAAAGUUAGAGGAAUUUUUGUUUAUCUUCGCUGAACUACAUUGUUGUAAUUUGAUUACGGAUAUCACUUUUCAAGUAUUAUAACUGUACAUCCUUGAAUCUUCUACUGAUGAACAAUAAAACCAUACAGUCUCUACA